AUGAUGAAGUACAGUGAAUCUCAUGUGCCUGUUAUCUAUGGUCUUCAGAUAUCUCGACGAGAUCGUGAUGAUACUCGAGAACGAUAUUGUCGGGCUAUUCUCACACUUUUCGUACUCUGGCAUACUGUGACUGAUCUUUGUGGCAUCAGCCAGACGUGGGAAGAUGCAUUUAAAUUUCGACAACAUCUUAUUUUGAGACAUUUCUGGACGAUAAUAGAAAACAUUCAAUCUUUGCAUGAAUGCAAAAAGGACCGCGAUGAUCAUUUACUUCAAGUUAUCGCCAAAGCACAAGCCGACAAUGAUUCAAUCGAUCCUGUACUAAUACCAGCAAAUCAAGAAUUCGGUGGUGAAUAUGGCACCGAUGAUAGCGAUGAUUUACUGCAAUUAUUAGGCAAUUUGGAUGAAAACACAGUUGCUAUGUUCAAUGCUACAAAAAACUCAACAGAAAACAAAUAUAUUGAAGAAACAAUCGAAGCAGUCAAGAAUGUCGGACGAUUCAACAGUGUAAACACAUAUGAGCAAUAUUCUUUCAAUGAAUCCAACUAUCGUAUCGAUCAGUCAUUGGCACCAUUCAUUUCUGCAACACCUAAUCUUGUUCGAUUAAAUACAAAAUGGCAAGAAUAG